UAUGGUUGAUUUUGCGCCGGGGGAGAGGGGUAAGUUUUUUAGGGUUGUGGUUAAUGGGGGUACGAGGAGGGGUACGCUGGAUGGGUUGGUGAGGGCGCUUGAGGAGACGGCGGGGGAGGUGGUGGGUUAGAUUAGUUAGAAUGGGUAGAUUUGAUGGGGUGUCUAGACGGAUAUAUAUUGAAGAUGACUUGGGAAGUGCGAGCCAUGGUGGUGGCGAUAGACGCUAUAUCAGACACAUCACCCUCUAGUAGCGCUAGUUCUACCUCCAAUCCAGUGUUAUAUUCUUUCCAUCCGGCCAAAUAUUCCACAUACGACCAUAGGACGCUGAAUAUAGAGCUUCCCGUUCGCUCAGCUGUACUCAAGCAGUGUACCGGCGGAUUAGUACCUAUAUGGGUGACCGAUAGGGAAUUCCCGCUGUUGUAUGUUUUUUGCACUUUUUGUUCACGCAAGUUGAGAUGAGGAAUGGCUCUCGUACUUCGUUCAC